AUGCUCAACAGUUUCCAUAGCGUCGCAGAGGAAAUAAUGGAAUGCAAAAAAGUAAUACGUGGUAUUAUAGUUUUCAUUAUCGUAAUAGUGUGCGCGGGGAUAAAACUUGGAAUAAAAAUAGCUAUAUUAGAACAUAAAAUGAAAAAAUCGGAAGAGAGAGCAAUGCAGGAUACUUCUCAUUUUACAUAUCAACCAUUUCUACAGGCGGAUAAUGAAAAAGAACUGGAAGAAAGUAAACGUAACAUAGACGAUAUGAUGAAGAGAUUUUUUCGUAACAACUUUGGGAGUUUCCAACAUGAAACAAGUUACACGGAUAGUGGUAUUGUCAGUGAUGAUGUUGUCAGUGACGAUGCAGACCAAAUGGACGAAUAG